CAUUGCUUAUAUUUUAUAUGAACCUCAUCUCGACUCAAAAUGGGUGAGUGUUCAACAUCCUGUAGCCCGAAAUCUUCGUAGUCAUGAUUUCUUCUUGUAUCGUUUUGUUGGGUGUCAUUCCUUUACUAUUCGUUUCUUAUUUGGCCGCGACAACUUGUCAAAUUAUCGCAUCCACAACAAACAUAACAAUUGAAUAUCCCCUCUCACUUUCUUAUUCCACUGACCAGUUCGAAUACUGGUCCUCAGACUGUGGCCGUCUCCAACCAUCGUGCAUCUUGGUCCCCACCAGCUCCGAAGAUGUUGCAACUAUAAUAAACGUUCUCAAUACAAACAAUGAGACCUUCGCCAUCAAAGCAGGAGGCCACAACCCAAAUCAGUAUUACUCCAGCGUGGAUAGCGGACCGCUCAUCAAUCUGAAAGGUUUGAAUGAAGUUGUAUAUGAUGCCUCUACCAGCACAGCCAAGGUCGGACCCGGGAAUCGAUGGACGGACGUCAUCAAAGCUCUUGAACUCGAUGGCGUUACCGUCGUUGGGGGCAGAAUUGGGCAUGUGGGAGUUGGUGGCUACAUUGUUGGAGGUGGAUUAAGCUAUCUGAGCACGCAGUACGGAUGGGCCAUGAACAACGUUGCUGAAAUGGAAGUCGUGCUCGCCAACGGAUCCAUCGUCACAGCUUCCAGCUCUACGAACACGGAUCUCUACAAAGCUCUCAAAGGCGGCGGCAACAAUUUUGGCAUCGUGACUACUUAUACCCUGAUCACACAUCCGCUUGGCACAGUCUGGGGCGGAAAUCUUAUAUUUGGCUCUGAUAAAACUGAUGAUUUACUUCUCGCCAUUAGAAAUUUCACGGAGAAUUAUCCAGAUGAUAAGGCAGCUAUCAUCGCUACUAACGAAAUAACGCUCUCUUCUCUGGCGAACAUCUGGAUCCUAUUCCUCUUUUACGAUGGCGCUUCUCCUCCGCCUGGCACAUUUGACGUAUUUACCUCCCUCUCCCCAACCCUCUCCACCACCGGCCCGCAAAACUACUCCACCCUCGUCUCCGCCGAAGACGACCUCGUAAUCACCGGCCAAAUCUACACCAUCAUGACCGAAAUGUCCCCCCUCCCCACCUCCACCCACGGCCACGAAAUAAUGCGCGCCUACUACGACCAAUACUACAACACCACCCUCUCCAACUCCCUGAUCCCAGGCCUCGUCGCCACCAUCGCCUUCCAACCCCUCCCCCGCCGUCUCGCAUCCCACGCACUUGCCCAGGGCGGCGAUCUCCUUUCUUUGACGCCGGAUAUCGAUCGCAUAUUAUUCGAAGUGGAUUUCUCGUACGAUUUUCCGGCCGAUGAUGAGGCGAUCAAUGAGAGUGUGAAGGGGAUUUUUACGGGGUUGAGGGCGCUGGAACGGGGCUUUGUCGGGGAGGGGAAGUUGGUUGAUGGGUAUGUGCCGUUGUUUAUGAAUGAUGCGAAUUUUCAGCAGGAUUACUGGAGCAGGUUGGGGGCGGGGACGGCGGAGUGGGCGAGAGGGGUGAGGGAGGGGGUUGAUCCGGGGGGAUUGUGGAGGGAUCGGACGGGGGGGUUUAAGAUG